UGUAAACAUGUCUAACAUAUGACGUUGGGUACCUGAUUAGAAGGCACGUGUUCAAAUUAUGAUGGUUAAAACCCUUUUUACAAGUAUUUUAUUACUGGAGUUAGUGAGGCAUGUACGGACACACAUCGAGAUGGAAGCAGAAGACUACUUCUUCCCCUUAGAACCUGUGAUAAACUACUGCAAGCUGGCGGACCAGUGCCAGCAUGACUUCGUGAUCAGCUGCGGCCAGGACACGCUCGGCAUCUCCCGCAUGUUCCUCGACAUAUGCGACAUGUACGAGUACAACUGUGAUGAGAAGAAACAAUACCACCAUGUGAAGAUGGACGUGUGUCACUACGAGUUCGCAGCGGCACAGCGGAUAGCCGCAGAGGUGGACGCUGAUGAUGACUCGUAAUAAACAACUUAUAACAUUGGGUUUUAUUGCUUAAGAAGUAUACAAUCUUU